GAUGGUGUUUCCCUGUCGAUUUCGGACGCACCCCUGUUACCGUAAAGCGAGUUGCUGGUGUUUUGCGACAGUUAACACAGGCGGCAGCGCUGUAGUCCGAUUCCUCUAGCUGGCACAGGAUGGGCGAGGCGGUGGCGAACGUCGCCAGGAGAAUCAAUGCGACGAUGGAGGACGGAUUAGACACGUUAGAUCUCUCGGACUGUAACCUGAUCGGAUUCCCUGAUGGCGUCUUAAAAAUGAUUCGUAGCUGUGCAGAUAGAAUACACAAAAUCACACUGGCCAACAACAAACUGAAGAAUUUAGGGGAAAAGUUUUUCACCAUGUUCAGCCAGUUAAGAGAGCUGGAUUUGCAGGGAAACAUGCUGACUAAACUCCCAGAUGCCAUCGCAGGAAUGCAGCAUCUCAUCAGCAUCGAUUUAUCCAACAAUAACUUCAGUGUUUUUCCCGAACAACUGACGAAUGUGCACACGCUGCAGAACAUCAACAUGUCAGGAAACCAGAUCUCAGAGGUGCCGUGGGAGCGCGUGUGUGCGAUGUCGUCCCUGAGCGCUGUGGAUUUGAGAUCUAAUCCGCUUUCUUCAUCGCCAAACGGUUCACAGAAGUUUACUCUCCUCACAUAGACACACAGACGUCGUCAUCUGCAGUUCAUGCUGGAUUGGAUGUGGAAAUCGCUGGAGUAGCUCUCGAUCCUGGGCUACGUCCCAAACCUCGUGCUACUGUGCUAAUUAGUGUGGCAAAAUAUUACAGAAAUAAAGGUUACUAUAUUUAAAAGAGGUGCGGUAAUAUUCAUUACAUCAUUAGAAGUACUGUUAGUGAUUAUUGGGGUAGAAAGCUUCUCAAGACUCACACGUGAAACUGAAGGUGGAACUACUUUGCUUUGGAAACUUGCUCAUGUUAAAAUUUUCAGAGACUCCGGUUCUCUAAUGCUGCUGUUUCUGCACUGAAUAAAUAUUCAGAUAAAUAUUAAUCAAGCAAAA